UUCCACAUGUGAAAUACAAAUUAUUGACGAUGCCAAUACAUGAUGUGCUGUUAAACAAAUAAAAAUGAAGGGAUUACAAAUAUUUUAUUUAAAUCGUCUUACAUCUAUUCCAUUCAUAUAUUGAUAUGAAAUUUUGCACGUUUCGUGAUCAAAUAUUUAAAGGUUAGGUUAGAAUAAGCUGAAGAGGGAGGGGAACUGUUCCAUCGUUCCAUGUGAUAGCGCAAGCCGUUCCGCAAGCUCCUUUCACUCUUCACUUCUCUCCAUCUUAUUCUCGUGGUGAGACAACGUGCGGUCACGCUGCGACGAUUUUCAAUUGCUUUUGCAGUUGCGAUUUCUUAACCAAACCUUUUUGCUUUUUCAUUAGAUAAAGAUGUACAGAUUGCCGUCUAUGUUGCGCGGUGCUGCUUUGCGCCAGUUACAAGUUCGUUGUUAUGCCAAAGAUGUGCGUUUUGGAUCAGAAGUUAGAGCACUUAUGUUACAAGGUGUAGACAUUUUAGCAGAUGCUGUUGCAGUAACAAUGGGCCCCAAGGGUCGUAAUGUUAUAUUGGAACAAAGUUGGGGUAGUCCAAAAAUUACCAAAGAUGGUGUUACUGUGGCAAAAGGUGUAGAAUUGAAGGAUAAGUUUCAGAAUAUUGGAGCAAAGUUGGUACAAGAUGUAGCAAAUAAUACCAAUGAAGAAGCUGGCGAUGGUACAACAACAGCUACAGUUUUAGCAAGAGCUAUUGCUAGAGAAGGCUUUGAAAAAAUUAGUAAAGGUGCUAAUCCUGUUGAAAUAAGAAGAGGCGUUAUGUUAGCAGUUGAUACGGUUAAAGAUGAAUUGAAAGCUUUAAGUAAACCAGUCACUACACCAGAGGAAAUUGCACAAGUUGCGACCAUUUCGGCUAACGGGGACAAAGCUGUUGGCAAUCUUAUUUCCGAUGCCAUGAAGAAAGUUGGAAAGGAAGGUGUUAUUACAGUAAAGGAUGGCAAAACGCUACACGACGAACUCGAAGUUAUAGAAGGAAUGAAAUUCGAUAGAGGAUACAUAUCUCCAUACUUUAUAAAUUCUAGUAAAGGAGCAAAAGUUGAAUUUCAAGAUGCGCUUUUGCUCUUCAGUGAGAAAAAAAUAUCGUCUGUACAAUCUAUAAUUCCAGCCUUGGAAUUAGCAAACUCGCAGCGGAAACCAUUAGUCAUCAUCGCAGAAGACGUUGAUGGUGAAGCAUUAUCAACUCUUGUGGUAAACAGAUUGAAAAUAGGUUUGCAAGUCGCAGCUGUUAAAGCCCCUGGUUUCGGCGAUAAUAGGAAAGCAACCCUUCAAGACAUGGCAAUAUUAACUGGUGGAAUCGUUUUCGGAGACGAUGCGAAUCUCAUUAAGUUAGAAAAUGUACAGGCGUGUGAUUUGGGCGAAGUAGGAGAGGUAGUAAUUACGAAGGACGAUACACUAUUCCUUAAAGGCAAAGGAAAAAAGAGUGACGUCGACCACAGGGCAGAUGUGAUUAGAGAUCAAAUAACAAAUACAACUUCAGAGUACGAGAAGGAAAAGCUGCAAGAACGUUUGGCAAGGUUAGCAUCGGGAGUUGCAGUUUUGAGAGUCGGCGGUAGCAGUGAAGUGGAAGUUAAUGAGAAGAAAGAUAGAGUUCACGAUGCUCUUAAUGCUACUCGUGCUGCUGUCGAGGAAGGCAUUGUUCCAGGAGGUGGAACUGCUCUCCUGAGAUGUAUUCCUGCUUUAAAAAAUGUUAAAUCAUUGAAUAGUGAUCAAGAAACAGGAAUUAAAAUUGUAGCUAACGCUUUACGUAUGCCGUGUUUACAAAUUGCUCAAAAUGCAGGUGUUGACGCGAGUGUGGUAGUGGCCAAAGUUAGUGAAAGUAAUUUAGGUUACGAUGCUUUGAACGACGAAUACGUUGAUAUGAUUGAGAAAGGAAUCAUUGAUCCCACGAAAGUAGUUCGCACAGCGCUUACUGAUGCGGCGGGUGUUGCAUCAUUGCUCACAACUGCAGAAGCAGUUGUAACAGAGUUGCCUAAGGAAGAACCUCAGAUGCCAAUGGGUGGUGGCAUGGGAGGAAUGGGCGGUAUGGGUGGUAUGGGAGGCAUGGGCAUGUAAUGAAGUGAAACUUCCAUAAAGACUGAACAUUCUAUUCUCAUUGACAUUUGGCCAAUAUUGCAAUUCAAUCGUAAUGUUAACUUUUCCGCUAUACGGUAAUUAUAUAUGGUAAUUAGAGUUGCAAAUACACGACCAUAAUUUACAAUCACGUAACCGGAACGUUAAACAUGUUUAGUAUAGUCGUACUUCAAAACGGGGGAUGAAGGUGCACAGAAAAAGAAUGUGUUGCAUACAUGUUGUGUAAUAUUUGUUCCAUAACCACUUAUCUUUAUGUUACGCAUUUAUAAGCAUUAUCGUUUUAAGAAAUUAAAUUUUAUGUUCCUCAACAACUUAUAUAGAAUACAGUAUACGAACAUACCGUAUAUCAAUAUUCCGCAUAAAUAUAACAAUUUUUUAAGGCUUAGAUAAUGAAAUGCACGAAAUUUACAACAUUAUAGAAAAUUUCUUUUCAAUAAAAAUGCAUCGUAAUAUGUUCCGUAAACAUAUUUACUACAUUGAUUCGUCGCUUCGUCACCGAAAAUUUUUCGACGAGACACAACAACAAAUUCGUUUCUAAAUUCAUAAACUGCAGAACACAAAUUCUUUUCUAUCCAUUCGAGGAUGAAAAAAGAGAAUGCAAAUGUACAAAUAUAUAUCUUGGAAAAUAAGGUAGAUAAGGAAGUUCCCGUGUUUUUCUUUUUAAUGUUACAAUUUAUUUUCCAUUCUUUAGUCUGAAUAAAAAUAUGUUUAAAUUA